AUGUCCUCGCUCUACGGCCGAUCAACGUCGUCGCCGUCAUCGUCAAGAAGAUCCUUCGACGCUCCGGAACGAUUCUCUUCGCACUCACCACCGCUAUCCGGCGACGCGAACAUGGAUCACACUGGCUCGUCUCGCGUAGCCCAUAAGAACGCCUCCUCCUUGUCGCUCGGAAACGGCAACGGUGGCGCUCCUAUGCACGCCAUGAUGGUCCCCGGCGUCGUCGUGCCCUCCAUCGACCGACCCAACCCGGAUGCGCCCUUCUCGCAAUGGGAGGCCUACAUCGUCAAACAGGCCCAGGAAUGGUCUGACAAGCGGGCCAAAUCGGUGGCCUCGCCACCGCCACAACGAACAACAAACAGCAGCCCUCGCAUCGUCUGGGCCGAUCAGAUCCGCAAGCCCGCUGCUCCCCAGACUCAGUCACUGACAUAUACCAAGGUCCGCGAUCGUUACGCCACCCCUUCGAGCCCGCAAGAACCCACCCCUCCCGUCGCUCGUAACUUGCUCCGCAAGGCUUCCAUGGAUUUCUUCCGCAGUGGUACCGACACCGAACGCACCACCCCUUCUCCUCCUUCGUCAACAAGACCCAGUAUCUCGUCUCCCAUCAUUACCACCUCCAUCCUAACGAGUGUACCGCCGUCUUCCAUUGGGCCUGUCUCUGCUCCCUCGCAGUCCAACGUGUCGUACGACGCUCCUUACACCCGCGCGUUGCCCGAACCAUUACAGGUGCCUCAUAGCGUCGGGUCUCGGGCCUCUUCCAUCCGAAGUCUCUCGCCGCUCCCGCUGUCGCUGGGUGGGGACGACUUUACUGCCUCGCUUCUCAUCAACUUUGAAAAACGGUCGUCCACAGGAUCAGCCUCCUCGGGUCGCGCCCCUGGUCCUUCCGAGCUUCUCGCUGCACCUCUGUCUGCUCUCCUCAACUCCGAGACCAGCGGCCCGCCUUCCAUCGCCGACACCUACUCGGUCCACUCGCGUCGCUCCUCAUGGGCCAGUUCCAUCGAUUUGGAUCCUGCAAUCAUCUGCACUCCUCCCCUCUCCAACGAGGAUUGGCAGGAGCAACCCCAGUCAGGGCGUCCUGCCUUCCUCGCCGAUUUUGAACUGGACAAUGAUACCGAUGAGAGUGAAACCGAAUGCAGCGUCUACCCCGACAACCACGAGGAAAUCGCUUCGCUCCCUUCAAUUGGCAUCGGUUCACCUCUGACUCUGCACGAGCAGGAGCUGCCGCCUCAGCCAAUUUUCCAGCGUCUCGAGGCCGACGUCAUUUCGCUUGCUGACUACGGCGAGGAUCUCAACUCUUCACAGCGCUUCACGCCCGACGGUCGUCCGCUCCCGCAGCUAGACAUCUCGAGUCUGCCUAGGGAAAAGGAGGAGAUGAUCCGAAAGGCUCGUGCUCAGCUCAUCAGCCCCAGCACCUUCAAGAAAGCCUUCUCGAUCAAGAAAAAGCAUUCCGUCUCUAGCUCUGCCUCAUCUGGUUCUCGCUCUAACGGCUCGUCGUCAAGCCUCAACAACAGCAGCUCCGAGGAGGUGGGCAAGGUCAGCGAGCCUGGCCCUCAGGCUCCUGCCCUGGCAUCUUCACACGCUCGCAUGCCCAGUAUCGUUGCCGAGGACAUGACGCAGUGGGCUGCCGCCAUCCCUGCCAAGGCACCGCCCGCCUCGCCGCUCGAGCGCUCGACAUCCAUCCUGUCUGAUGCACCCUCCAUGCAGUUGUCGCCGUCCGUUACCUCGUCCGCAACCACUACAGGCUCGAUCGACAGCUCUUCGACAGCGCCACUCUCGCCCACAUUCAGUGCUGGACCUCGUUCUGUGGCUUCGGAGGAAACCUCAGUUGACGGUGUCUCGUCUGUCAACUCAUUCGGUCAGAGGAAGCACCGCGUGGCUACUCCUGGCUUGACUAAGGUGCGAUCUUCCGCCGCCGGUCCCGGCGCCUCAGCUAAUUUGGAUCCUCACCUGGCGCGCGACCAGACUCGCGCUCGCUCCGGUGGCAGUAUCAGCUCCCACACGCCUUCUAUCGCGCUCAGCAACACCUCAUCCAAUGGAAGACGACGCUCUUCGCGCAGGAGCGGCCGAAGCCGUAUCACUGACUCGAUGCCUAGCUUUGCCAACAUGGCCAGCUCACUCGCUGUGCCGGUCACCGCCGACCAGAGGCGCUUUUCGAACCGCAGCCUUUCGAGCGAUGGCUCGAUCGACAGCCACAGCAAUGCUUCCAAUGGAUCCAGCUAUGCCAAGGUCAGUGGUUCGUCGGACGACGGUAUGCCACCGCUGUCUCCUAGCAGUGUCUCGUCGACCGGGGUGUUCAAGAGCGUGUUGCGAAAGCGGGCGCCUUCUCAGGAUUCGCAUCUGUCGCCGAAGAAGGAAGUAUCUUUCGAUCUGUCGGUGUCGAAAGCCUUUGGCACAGUCGAGGAGGCGGGCGACGAGGACGAGGAGGAUGAAAUCCUCGAGCACGAGCAGAGGCAAAGGAGCCACCUCAAGCUACCUCCGAUGAAGCUGCACGCCAAACAUGCUGCGGUGGACGGCGAUGCACCAGCUGCCGACCGUAUCUCGGACAGCCAGCUCCUCGGGCAGGAUGAUCGUGACAUUCUGCAUUUCCUUUCGUCCUUUGGCAAGGAUAUCCGAAGCGUCGAGUCGCUCGAGGUGCUCGACAAUGUGCACGCCAGCUCCAACGAAUGGCCCAAGCGCCAGGAGUGGGACUCACUACCCGCUUUCCUCAUGGCGUACGCAACCACUUUCCUCUCGACCUACACGGACGACAGCGCUACGCUCGUCUACUCGGAUGACCGCGCGCCUGCUCGUGCUACCGUUGCAGAGGUUGCAUCAUCGCUUACGCUAAGCAACAGCCCUCUAUGCACUUCGUGCGCGCGCUUGAUCCUGCGCAUCGCCAGCUGGGACCAGCCUGCUGUGUCAGCGGCAGUCAGUGCCGCUUACGCUUACAGCUGGAAGAAAGGUAGGCUCGUAGCUGUGCUUCUGGCAGGGCUUGCGCUGCUUGCAGCGAUGCAGAUGUCUCAGAAGGAUGACUAUUCCGGCGCAAAUGCAGAGGAGCUCAAGGAGGCGUACAGGAAACUGGCUCCUGUCAUGCUCGGAUCGGCAAGCACGCACGAGCGCAUGCGCAACCUGCUCCUAUACCGAUCGCACAAGGCUUUGCUCCGACUCGCUGGGAUGUUGGUAGCUCUUGCUGUGGGUGCUACGCAAGUGAACAGCGAUCUGUUGCUGUCGCUACCAGGCCUGCUGUUGGGGCUGGCUUUGUUUGCCUGGCUGCCAAUUGUCUUGCACCAGCCUGAAUGGGCGCCUUCGUGGCUGAAGCAGAGCAACCCGCUUGAUACGCUGUUGUACGACGUGCCUACCGAUGCCCAGCAUGCUAUUGUGACUUUGCGUCGACGAGCGGCUGGUGGUGAGCAGCUGGUGCACCGUGUCGACUCGCCUUCUCGAGCUGCUAUGCUGCACAAGCUCGCGAGCCUCUCGCCGACGUCGUUUGACCACCGCGUCUCGCAACACGAGCUGCAGCACGUGUCUGAUGUCGUCGAGGGUGCGCACUUCGCAAGGUACGACGGAGAGGCCGGCCACUUGAUCGUGCUCGCUUCUCGCGUUGUUUUCCGCACCCUCGCUAGCAGGUCUCGAGACGCUGUCAGCUUGGCUGACGAGCUUGUGGCGGAGAGUGCGGCAAGUGGGUGCAGGAUUACGCUCGAUGCCAGACUGGAGAAGGUCGUGCGUAUGGACAAGACGGCAGGCGGUCUGAAAAUGAAGCUGAAGAAUGGUCAGACUUUCGAGUUGGACCAGGUGGUGGAGAGGGAUGUGGCGUUUAACCGGGUGCUGGCGCUUGCCCCGCAAAAGUGGCACUAA